UCUUUGAAAUGCUACAUUAAGAUAUCAUUAACAAUUUCAAUUUAUAAAUACACACCCAUAUAUAUUUUCUUUUAAAAUGUCAUAUUCCAAACACAAAAGCAAUCAAAUAAGAGAACAACAGGCUUAAUAGUGAUUUUUUUUCUUUCAAUUACUACUACAACAAUUCUGAGAAGUUGCCAGCACACCAGCAGGCAUUUCUGCAUAAAAAAACGUAAUGAGCAGACCAUGCAGCUAAACAGCUAGUGACUAUUUGCAAGCCUCCUAGGUAUAUCCCCAGCAGACACAUUAUCAGAUUAAAGGAACUGCAAACAAACUGGGCUGAAACUUUCUUUGUCCAAACCCAGCCUCUUCUUCCUGUGAUGUCAUAUUACAAAUCUAGCAAGCCUUUCUUUUUCACUUCAGAGAAAGCGACCUCAAGAUACAGCUGGCAACUGAGGAAAAGGCCUCAAUUCAGCAAGAGCUAACGUGCUUUGGAAUUUAUUUUGGCAUCUUUAAAAGACUCUUCUGCUUCCCACCAUCUGGGAUCAUACGGCAGGAAAACAAAAAAGGAAAACUUCAUUUAAAAGAAGCAAGAAGUAAAAUGGGACAAAUUGGGAAUGUUCAAGUCUCUGAAACUCUCCACUGAAAUGAAAAUAAGAUUGAUAACUUAAGAUUAAUAUCUUGGGGUAUAAAGAAACAUUAACUUUGGAGUAUUCAUCGUGACUACUGCAAUACAAGUUUAGAAGACAAAUGGUUUCAUUCUCGUCACAGAAUACAGCUUUUCUUUACAUUUAUAAUCCUAUGUGUUGGCCUCGUUGACUGUAUUUUUUAAAGGUUGCUUGUCAGUUAACUGAGCCUUGGGAUUCAUGAAUUUUCUGAAGAUUAAAAAAUGAAAGUAUUUUCCUGUUGAAGAGUCCAGCAGAAAUUUCACAGCAACAGAUUUCAUGUUUCUUUUGAAUCUUUCUGAGAAAAAGGAAAUAUUUAUAAAACCAUCCAAAGAUCCGGAUAAUUUGCAAAUAAAUUGGAGAUUAUAGAGGUUAUAAUCUGAAUACCAAAGGAGACUGCAGCCGAUGAAAGUACUUCCAAACUGAAAACUGAACGUGCCUUUACGAUGGUAAGCAUUAACAGCUCUGACUGCUUCUAUAAUGACUCCUUUAAGUACACUUUGUAUGGGUGUAUGUUCAGCAUGGUGUUUGUGCUUGGGUUAAUAUCCAAUUGUGUUGCUAUAUACAUUUUCAUCUGUGUCCUCAAAGUCCGAAAUGAAACCACAACAUACAUGAUCAACUUGGCAAUGUCAGACUUGCUUUUUGUUUUUACUUUACCCUUCAGGAUUUUUUACUUUGCAACACGAAACUGGCCAUUUGGAGAUUUACUUUGUAAAAUUUCUGUGAUGCUGUUUUAUACCAACAUGUAUGGAAGCAUUCUGUUCUUAACCUGUAUUAGUGUAGAUCGAUUUCUGGCAAUUGUCUAUCCAUUUAAGUCAAAGACUCUAAGAACCAAAAGAAAUGCAAAGAUUGUUUGCAUUGGCGUGUGGUUAACUGUGAUGGGAGGAAGUGCACCCGCCGUUUUUUUUCAGUCUACCCACUCUCAGGGUAACAAUACUUCAGAAGCCUGCUUUGAAAAUUUUUCAGAAGACACAUGGAAAACAUAUCUCUCAAGGAUUGUAAUUUUCAUCGAAAUAGUGGGAUUUUUUAUUCCUCUAAUUUUAAAUGUGACUUGUUCUAGUAUGGUGCUAAAAACUUUAAAUAAACCUGUUACAUUAAGUAGAAGCAAAAUAAACAAAACCAAGGUUUUAAAAAUGAUUUUUGUACAUUUGAUCAUAUACUGUUUCUGUUUUGUUCCUUACAAUAUCAACCUUAUUUUAUAUUCUCUUGUGAGAACACAAAUUUUUGUUAAUUGCUCAGUAGUGGCAGCAGUAAGGACAAUGUACCCAAUCACUCUCUGCAUUGCUGUUUCAAACUGUUGUUUUGACCCUAUAGUUUACUACUUUACAUCGGACACAAUUCAGAAUUCAAUAAAAAUGAAAAACUGGUCUGUCAGGAGAAAUGACUCCAGAUUCUCUGAAGUUCAAGGUGCAGAGAAUUUUAUUCAGCAUAACCUACAGACCUUAAAAAGUAAGAUAUUUGACAAUGAAUCUGCUGCCUGAAAUAAAACAUUGGGACUCACUGGGACAGAACUUUCAAGUUCCUUCAAGUGCGAAAAGUGUCUUUUUGGACAAACUAUUUUUCCACCUCCAAAAGAAAAUUAACACAUGGACAUUUUAAAGUCAUUAGUAUAAAGAAAAUUUGUAUUCAAUAUGUUAAGCAUUAACAUGUAUUUUAUUUGUGUAUACACUCCGAUUUUUCUGAGCCAUUUUGAUUUGUUCCUUCUUCAUUAAAAAAACUCUUAAAGUUA